GCUUGUCACAUUGUGCGCUACACUUGUUCAUGUCAUAAGCAACGCCAGGCGACGCUAUAAGGAGUCUACGGCCUCAACACUUGCGCUCCGUACACAUGUCUGGUCGCAAUGCUGUCACAGACUCCAGCACAACUCGAGACCCCUUCGAGCUCGAACGCCUGGCGGAGGAGCUGGCCGCUAGAGAAGUCUCGGACAAGGCUGAAGAGCUGAAGAGUGGAAGUGCACAUGAUUUGCCUAUCUACAUCCCACUGUCGCAUGACAAUCCAUAUCUCUCCGCUGAGACUUUUGAUGUGGAGGAAUUUCUGCUGUCCCGCUCCUACACAUCUUUGCCGGACUUGCGAUCAGAGCUGAGGGAGUAUCUUUCUACACUGAGGGAAGCGUUGGUCAAGCUCAUCAACGACGACUAUGAGGCGUUCAUAAGUCUCAGCACAGACUUGAGGGGGGAAGGUCCCAGGCUCGAACGGCUGAAGCGGCCUCUGAACGACGUCAAAGCUCAUAUUGUGGAAUCAAGAAUUGAGUUACACUCUAUUCAAGAUACCAUCGAAGACAAGUUACAAAAGCGAGCAGCAUUACGAGAGGAGAAGGCAUUCUUACACUUGCUAUUGAAAAUAUCAGAGUCAGUGACUCGACUUGAGUCUCUCCUACUCAUUACCCUGCCUGAAAAUGAAGCGUCUGGAGACCUGGCACACAGGGUGAGUCCCCACCUGAGCAUUCAAGACGAGCCGGAGACGCGAGAAGACAGAGUACGGGGUCGCCGUGCAAAGCAUCUCUCGCGUGUAUCUUCAGAAUACACACAGCUGCUGUACCACGUUACUAAGGCGGAGGAACAGAAGAGUGCCUUUGUAGAUGAAAUACGAUGGAGAGUGGACCGGAUACGUUCUACGCUUUCUUCAGAUUUGGACCACUUGUUCGGGUCGACCUUGACAGCACUGGUCGAGGGCAGAGAAGAAGGGAAAGCGGGUAAAGCAACGGAGCUCGAAAGGGCCAAAUGGAUGGCUGACCUAACAGAGUGCCUGAAGUCAUACGACAUGCUUGGCCUCUGGAGGGAUGCGGAAGACGUCCUUCGAAGGGAGGUCGUCCGAGGCUUCGUGAAGAACACUAUCUUUCCGGGCUCAUUGGCCGCACCACAUUCUCCGCUUCUCCCUCAUACACCCUUUGCCCCAGUACAUACCCUUGCACCCCCGGCAACUGCCUCUUAUUUUCCGCCCCGGACUCCCUACACACCGUUCACCGCCUUUGCAUCCAAGGAAAAUCCUUUCCAGUCUACCCGGUCGAGAGAGAGCAGCUCUUCGGUACCGCUUCUCGAUGAAUCUGACAAUGCCCUGGCUGCCCUGUAUAACCGCAUCUUGCGGUUCGUAGACCGUGAUAUGUCGAAGAUCAUAGAUGCAGCGGAAAGAAUCAAUCAGAAGUCAGGCUCGCAACGGAGGGCAGCAAAUGUUGCUGCAUCGUCUGCAUUCAAGCAGAUUAAGUCACCUCCGAACUCCCAGAGGGGAGAACAUGGGUUUGAAAUGAUGGCAAACGUCGUAUGGGCAGAGAUCGCCAGAGCCAUUAUGGAUGAGCUCGGGAGUGUUGUCUUUUCUGCUGGCAGACCUGAUGAGUUCCGUAAGAACUACGAUACUACGCAAGCAUUUAUACGGGCGCUGGAGUUCAUCGCGCCCUCCAUCUCGUCCGUUGAGGCCAUGCGUCACCACCCGCUCUUUAUCUCGUUUGAGCGACGUUGGCAAUUGCCUGUCUACUUCCAAUUACGGUGGAAGGAAAUCAUAUUGCCCUUGGAGGAUAUUCUAGCAGUUACCCGUAUUGAACCUUCCGUAAAUAAGGCCGAGACGGAGCCCUUCGUGACUGUUCAAUCUAGGGCGAUAUGGCGAGCCAUCGAGAUCUGCUGGAGCGGGCAGAUCUAUAUCCCACAGCUUGGAUCUCGCUUUUGGCGACUUACGUUACAGCUCCUGAGCAGAUAUAAGACAUGGCUUGACUCGAGCCUUCCGGCAUACGAACCGAUAUCGAAAGCAAACUUGAACCCGAGUGGUGAUCCGUUGGCGUCCGGUACACCUACGUCUAUCACCCGUACAUCGACUCCUAUUCCUCCAGGUGGUGAGUCCGCUACUGCAGAAGCAACUGCGCUGGAUGAUAUCUUGCUUCGCCAACUCGGGGCUGCAAUAACGGAUAUCAGGGCUAUGCAGCAGCAGGUGUUAAAAAUUUGGCGAGAGGAAAUAUCAGUGAUGCUGCCCGACAUGCCGGAAAACGACGGACAAGAUCUCGUCCAGCCCGAAGACGCGCUGCAGCAAAUGGUCGCUUCGUUGGUGUUGCUGAUCGAUCCUAUGUCAAGCCAGGUAAUCGCUGUUCUUACCAGACGCGCUUGCGAGGCCGUGCAGGCCGUUCGGUCGAUUCCAGCAUCCCUUCGAGCCAUGUCCUUGAAGCGCACACCAAGCGAGCCGAGCUACUUUGUUCCCACGAUUCUACAGCCGAUCAAACAUUUCUUCGGUCUUGAAUCUGCUGACGGACCAGGCACCGCUCUGAAGGCCGAGUUUCUCAAGCCAUAUAGUACGGAGGUAUUUGAGAGCGCUGUCCAGAGAUACAUAUACUGGAUCACUUCACUAAGAAGGACAGAGGAAUCCCUCCGAAAAUUGCAGAGAGCCAAGAAGCCUCUCUUCGGUAGAACCGCAGGGAGGGACGAUAAAGGAAAAGAUGAGGAACGGAUACGGUCACAGAUGAUACUCGACGUCGAAGCCUUUGGACGAGAUGCUGAAGGAUUGGGCGUCGAUCUGGCAAGCAUUCCUGCCUUCCAGUCUCUGCGCGAAAUGGUCCACGCAAAUCUCACUGACGAUUAUUGAGCAAGCAGUACUUCCGCAGCCGGUCACGGUCCGUCGACGGGACAUUACUCAGGUAACCAGGAUUACUAUACAGUUAUCGUAAUAGAGUCGGAAGGAUGGCAUCUACUAUGGUAUAUGGCUCCUGUCCGUGAAACUAAAAUACUCUCCUGCUCUCCCUGUUGAACCAUCUGAGGCUGAUUCUUGUCACCCGAAAGCGCCUUACGACACCCUCGACAAAUACCCUUUUCUGGGGACCAACCUUUUAGUCGUUCACGGACUAGCUCCUCGGUGGUCUCAAAAACAUCUCUGUCGAUUAGGUGUUUCGUUAUCAAUAGCAUGUCUCCAUCGCUUCGGUACGAUUCCAGCAUCCCGGUGAGUAUUGCUCUGAACUCUGUGUAUGGAAUACCCUUCAUUCUCUUUGCUCCGGUGGAAGAAUCGACCAGACGUUUGAACAACCGAGGGAAUGACACAUCAGUCGUGGAACUGGCGGCCAUCAAUGCUGUGAACGUCUCCUGGACUAGAGAACGUAAGGAGGACAAAAUCCGUCCCCCUGUCCCUGACACAUCGUUUCCCUGCGCAGUGCAGCAGGAGGACACAUUCUGUACGCAGUCAAUCUGACUGCGUAGCAGCUGAAACCAGACAUCUUCAAGAGAAGCUUUCUCUCCCGAGUUCUGCCCUGCGUAGGCCGUGCAGACUGCGAUGCCAGCUCGACCAAUAGACUGGAGAGCAGUAAUCAGUUUCUCCAGCUCUUCAAGAGAUGUGCUUUCGCCUUCUCUUGUAGUCAAUAGACUGUUUAUCUGACUCGCGAGUUUGGUCUCGAAAGAUUGAACCUUCGACAAAGACGAUGCCGCCUCCCCUUCCAUGCUGGCUGCCCAUACUGCUGCAUCAUAGACUUGAUUUUUCUCGCAGGUCCGCACGACAUCUGCUGGGUCAACGUAGCCUGCCGGAAGAUACUGUAAGGAGUCUAUGACGUUGGCAGGGUCAUACUGGCAAUGCAGUUCGAUGUAGCGUUGCCGUAACGAAGGCGGUACAUGUGAUGACGGUGCGCCUCGCCACUUGGUCUGGUGAUCUUCACCCGUUGGCCGUCCAAGCAAGUGGCGCAAAUACAGGAAGCAAGCAUAUUCUUGAUCCUCAGUAGACAUUGCAUCCGCUGCAUCUGCGUGGAGGUCAGGCACAUAGAUAUCGAUCACAGAAGCUGUGCGGGCAAUGCUGAGCUGUAGAAGGCGAGGGAUGGCAUCAGAGACAACGGCAAGUAAAUCCAGAGGAACCGAUCCUGCAUUUCUUCGCUGAGCGUUCGCCAUAACGUCCCGUAUGCCCUCAAAGAGUUCAUGACUGUCCAGCUCAGGGUCGUUGAGAUAUGCCAGGAACAAAGGAGCCCAUUGUUCUUCGUGUCGAUGCCAAGACCUGAGGAUACGAUAGAACCCGGCCUUCUGGAAUAGAUCGAGAAUAGCGUUGCUAUCGUGCGGAGUAUAAGCAGACAGCAAAUACUCCGCGGCCAACUGACGGUCUUCACGGGUGCUCUCAUCUGGAUCUUCAGCGAGGCCAACCAAUACGCUCUGCAUGACACUUGGGGAUGUGUACUUGAGAAUGUACUGAGGAUACUUCGGAAUAUUCCGAGCAACAAAUAUGUUGACAAACGUGAUGUCAGUCCGCGAAAGCCCAGGAGAUGACAAGACUUCCAAGAGGAUGUUGAUUAUGAUCAUCCUGCUUAUACCUUCUGUUUCGUCAUUCAGGUAUGAGUCCUCGAAUGCUAGGUCCAGAGAGUGCAGAAAUGCUUCGGAGUCAAAUCGCAGCAACAGACGAAGAUAGGGAUACGUCGGUUCCACGCCUCCAUCUUCCUCCGCAGUGAGGACGAGUUUUCCACCUUCGCCGGAAGGCCAGACGCUGGAUCGGCCGAAGAACAAGAACGAAUAAACAUCAUUCUUUGCUGACAGAGCUUCGUCUUCGGGCAGAGGUUCCUCGCUCGGGUACGUGAGUCCAGACAAGACAUCCCCGAGGUAUGGAUAGAUCUUGUAGGCAUUGAGAAUGAUCGGCUCAAUAUCUAAAUCGUCCAUCGACAUUUGGGCCUCUUGUGAUGGGGAGGACGUCUCCAUCCUUGCUCUGCGAUAUUGCAUGACCUUCCUCACAAGUGAGAUCAGUUCGACGACGGGAGCCACGUAGUCACGCAUAGCACGAGUGUACAGGUAAAUGAGAGCGUCGUAGAGCUGGUGCGUCUUGCACAAGCGGACAGCUUGGUUGAUGUCGAGGCAGUCGGGCUCUAUGUGCCAUAUGACACGCUCUACUAAGUCUGGCCUCUGGUCAUCGUCAUGCAUGGCGACAAGUCGCUGAGUAAUACGAGGGGGUACGUAUCGAACGUCGCCACUCAGCACGAACGUUUCCAGUUGAAAAAGGAACAUCCGCGCUAUGCCGCAGUCAUCAUAAUAUUGGAACAGGUCCUCGAACAGGAAGUCGAAAUCAUCAAGCGCCUUGCAUGCGCGUGCACAAGUCUGCACGAGGCCUUCGAAAAGGGUGGUUCGGUCGACACCACGCCCAUCGGGCGUCAUAUGUGUUUCGACCAGCCGCUCCUCGGAGAAC